GGCUUGCGCUACGUUUGGAUUGAUACUUGCUGUAUCGAUAAGACCAACAGUGUUGAACUCCAAGAAGCUAUCCAUUCAAUGUUUAUCUUGUACGAGCGGUCAACGAUCUGUUAUGCGUAUUUGUUCGACUAUGCGGUAGGUGGCCGAGCGCCAGAUGUUGAGGCGUUCAAAGCCAGCAAGUGGUUCACGCGAGGCUGGACACUUCAAGAAUUGAUCGCUCCAGUCAAGGUCCUCUUCUAUAGCCGGGAAUGGGUCAGUAUUGGAAGCAAAACUGAGUUGGGGAACCUAAUUUCAAGUAUCACACGCUUCAGUACGGAGCUUUUGGCAGGGCAGGACUUAGAGCACAGCAGUGUUGCUCAAAGAAUAUCUUCGGCUUCCAUGCGCACGACGACCCGGGCUGAAGAUAUUGCGUACUGCCUUCUUGGAAUCUUCAACGUCACCAUGCCUAUGAUGUACGGCGAAGGAGGCGUGGAAGCUUUUUUGCGGUUGCAGAAAGCCAUUAUGGAGCAAUCCGACGAUCACACAUUAUUCGCAUGG